AUGCAAGACGUGCGAGGUCAAGACGUGGCACCUUUGGCGCCUCCACCGAGAGCCACCUCACGCGCUUCAUCAUACCACACGGUCCUGGACCAUUUCAUCCAUGCGUCUACGACAGGAUCCGCCGAGUCUCUAUCAUCCACCGUACGCGCGCUCUCCCACUCGCCUAACAAUACAUCUUCACCACCGACGUCGCCCGAACCCGAAUACGAAAUCAUCAAACGCGAACGACACGCCAAAGCGCUGGUUAUUGAGCAUCCGACACUCGUCAACUUUGUGCCUACGUCCGAGAUCCAGACUGCGGUCAGUCAAACAGCGGAUCGGAUCAUCAUCGAUACUAUCCUUCCGCCUACGGCAGCGUUGCGCGCUAGCGACCGCGUCAAUCGUGCGUACGCUUACCAACCACAGCACGACCAAGAUUCACGCACAGGAUUCGAUACCCGCGAGAUCCUGAACAGGCACGAACAACAACUCAAGCAAUCAUUGGACGCGCACUUGAGCAGCAAUUAUGACCCGACAGGUACGAUCAAGGUGGAUAUAUUCAAGACGCUGAGCGAGCUCACAAGGUUUCCGGAUCCAGUUGGUAUCAAGGGAUGCGAGUAUAGCAAAGACCAGUGUCCUUGCAUCUGCUGUGAGUUGGGCUGUGAGAAUCGCGUGCAGCCGUAUCGCGAGAUGCAAAACGCAGUGUCUUUUCCGUCGAGCUGGGCAUCGCCUCCUCAGCUUGUUUCCGCUCAGCUGGCAGCGUCGAAUUCGCCAGCGUUGCAGUUGAGUACAGCACCAAACACCUCGACGCUGGCAUGUCAGCAAAAGCCGACAUCUACUUGCACAUCGCAGGGAGAGUCCACCAGCGCACAGCAAAUGCACUCGUUCCUGGAAAUGACCGACGCAUCCGUACGUCGUACGCGCCAUCAAAGGUGCGACUGUUCAAGAGCAUCCAAUGAGGUUGGCCAACGCAGUAGCAGGGCGAAGCAAGUGUUCGGAUUGCUCAGCUUUGGCCGGCACAGUCGUUCGCGAUCUCAGCUCGAUACGUGCCGCGAUGCUGCUUGUCAGCACGACGGAUCGAGCAGAGACGCGGGCGCGCCAGGGAUGCCUACUGCUGCUCCUGCGCUGCCAGCCGAGCUCACAGAGCCAGUGCUGGCCCGUCCAGCCAAGCCUGGACGAUCAAGGUCGUUUUCCAGCUUGGUAAAGCGGCGACGGGGCAAGCACGCGCUGGCGUCUCAAGCUGAACCAUGUGCGGUGCCAGUUCCGGCGACGACGCCGGUGCUGGGUGCCAGCCUCUCUGUAAAUGGAACGCUGUUCGACAUUGAUCCGGCUUCGUCGCCUCGACGCUCAUCUUCGCAACUUGGCCGCACACGUGACCAGCAGGUACUCGAGCAUGUAGCGAGCAACGCGCUCGACAGUGCACACUCGGCGUCGUUGGUAACUCCUGCUACACCUCCUCGACGAAGUAGCAAGACGUAUGCUCUUGUGCAUCACGCCAAGCCACGUGCACCGCACACUGGUGCAUGCGCGCAUACCGGCUCGGCAAGACACUCGAUCGACAGCGUUCCUGCAACCGCGUUCGGCACAUACGUGAUCGACGAGAUCGUGCAACAAGACGGGCUCGCCACGAACCGGCAUACGUCACAUAGCGCACAUGUCUCCAGACGCCAAUCCGCACUCAUGUCGAGCUACCCUCCUCCAUACGAACACACACAGUCGCACCAGACCACGCGUCCUGCGCAGCCCGCCGCUAUCGACCAAGCGCACUCGCAAAUCGGCGUCGCGCUCUGA